AUGAGCCAGCCACCUGCCCCCACCCCCGCCUCAACUCCAGGACCCUCCGCCGCGACAUUCAAGCGCAGUCCGGAACGCGCAUACACCGGCCCCAGCGAACAUGCGGGCCUCGGUCCUCGAGCUGGAGCGAGCGCUGCGGAAGCAGAACGAUAUUUCGCAAAGUUGCCCGAGGCGACUCAGCCUAUUAUGCCGCGUACGGCGCGGGCUUUGGGGAUCGGAAGUUGGAUCGUUGGUGGAUUUGCGUGCGGGUACAUGAUCCUAUUUGCCGACUAUGGGCCGCACGAACAUGUCUUUAGUCCAAUCCGCCGCAUGUUCCACAAAUACACGGCCGAGAUGUUCACCCUCUCAAAGAGCGAGCGGGGGAUGUUGGGGCUCGAGGACGCAACCGUCACGCCCACACAGGCCUCCCAACCUGCCCUCACCGCAGGUUCUGCACGAGUGGCGCCACCACCGACACAGGCGCCGGAAGCCAAGUUGAUGGAGGAGGUCAAGGCACAGCACGGGCGGUCGUGGUGGAAGCUCUGGUAG